CGUUCCUAUUGGCGGAGCUGCCGCUCCCGGCGUGCUUCGCGGCGGGGGCGGAACCGGAAGUGCGAGCGUCUGCGGAGGGAGCCGAGAUGAACCUGGAGCGCGUCUCCAACGAGGACAAGCUGGAGCUCUGCCGCAAGUACUACCUGGGGGGUUUCGCCCUGCUGCCCUUCCUGUGGCUGGUGAACGUGCUGUGGUUCUUCCGCGAGGCCUUUGUGGCCCCCCCGUACGGGGAGCAGCCCCUGCUGCGCCGCUACGUUCGCCGCUCGGCGCUGGGGGUGGGGCUGUGGGGGGUGGGGCUGGGCGCCUGGGUGGGGGUGUUCCAGAGCCGCCGGGCGACGUGGGGGGCGCUGGGCGAUUACCUGGCCUUCACCCUGCCCCUCGGCACCCCCUGAGCCCCCCCCCCCGCGCCCCCUGGGACCCCUCCCCCUGCCCGGAGCCCCGCCCACCCUGCCCGAGGCCACGCCCACCCCGGAGCCCCGCCCCUUCAAAGCCCGGGGGGGCUGUGACUGGCCCGAAGCCCCGCCCACUACAGCCGAGGCCACGCCCCCACCCCAGAACCCCGCCCCCAAGGCUGGAGCCCCGCCCACCCUGCCUGAAGCCCCGCCCACCCUGCUCCGGAGCCACGCCCCCACCCCUCCACCAUUGGGCCACAAACAGCCUGAGGCCCCGCCCACCUCCACCCGAGGCCACGCCCCCAAUACCGGGGCUGUGGCUGGCCCGAAGCCCCGCCCACUGCCUAGAAGGCCACGCCCACCCAGCACCAAGCCCCGCCUGCUGCGCCUGGAGCCCCGCCCACCGCACCGGAGGCCCCGCCCACCCGCCUGAGGACACGCCCACCCCAAAGGGGGGAGGUGGUGAUGGAGGAGCUGUGACAUCACCUGACGCCAUGUGACAUCAUCCCACCCACCCCCCCACCGCCCCAUUUUGGGGCCGUUCCUGUGGAUUUGGGGGGCUCCCCCCUCCCCUCCUCCCCCCCCC